UCAACCUGCAAUCAAGAUACUGAAAAUGGAAGGUGGAGGUUCAAGAACAGUCAUCUCCAUAAUUUCAGUCUUCUUGGCUUUCCUUUCAUGUGCAUCAUCAUAUCCUGCUCUUCAAAAUUUUCUCCAGUGCCUUCCUAUUAACUCUAAUCCUUCUCAUCCCAUCUCCGGAGCCAUUUACAUUGCCGGUAAUUCGUCUUUCGAGUCUGUCUUGAGAGCAUAUACCAGAAACCUCAGAUUUACAACCCUUGAAACUCCUAAACCUCUUGCAAUUAUUACAGCCCUGCAUGAAUCCCAUGUCCAGGCAACUGUUAUUUGUGCAAAGAGCCAUGGCCUGCAGAUCAGGAUCCGAAGUGGAGGCCACGAUUACGAAGGCCUUUCAUAUGUAUCCAAGGUCCCAUUCGUCAUCCUUGAUAUGUUUAAUCUUCGAUCCAUCGAUAUCGAUAUUGCCAAGGAGACUGCAUGGGUCCAAGCCGGAGCCACCCUGGGUGAACUCUACUACAAAAUUGCAACUACAAGCAAAGUCCAUGCUUUUCCUGCUGGGGUUUGCCUUACACUCGGAACUGGAGGUCAUUUCAGCGGAGGUGGAUACGGUGCCAUGAUGAGGAAAUAUGGUCUCUCUGUUGAUAACAUCAUAGAUGCACAGAUUGUAAACGUCAAUGGGAGAGUCCUGAACAGAGCAUCCAUGGGAGAGGAUCUGUUUUGGGCCAUUAGAGGAGGAGGUGGAGCUAGCUUCGGGGUCAUCCUUUCAUGGAAAAUUAAAUUGGUUCGAAUCCCACCCAUACUUACAAUGUUCAAUGUUCCUAUUACCUCAACACAAGGGGCAACUGAUGUCGUUCACCGUUGGCAAGAAGUUGCCCCUAAACUACCAGGGGAUCUCUUCAUAAGAGCAACAAUAUCAAGUGCUAAUGGAACUAUAACAGCUACUUUCACGGGUUUGUUCCUAGGACAGACUGAUGCACUUCUUCAGCUGACGAAUCAAAGUUUCCCUGAAUUGAAUUUAACUCAAAAAGAUUGCAAGGAAAUGAGCUGGCUGAAUUCAACCCUGCUCUUUUAUGGAUACCCGGAAGGAACAAGUUAUGAAGUUUUUUACAACAGGACAUUGACACAAGGGCCAGCAGACUUUUACAAGGGGAAAUCUGAUUAUGUUAAAAAGGUGAUUCCCAAGGAGAGUUUAGAACAUAUUUGGAAGUUGGCGAUAAAGGCGGGGAUCACUUUCAUGCAAUGGAAUCCUUAUGGAGGAAGAAUGAGUGAGAUACCGGAAUCCGAAACCCCAUUUCCACAUAGAGCAGGAAAUCUGUUCAAAAUUCAGUAUGGUAUGACUUGGGGUCUUGAAAAUGUUACCAAUGAUCGCAUCGAAGCUAGUAGAGAGUUGUAUAGUGCAAUGACUCCAUACGUCUCGAGUGAGCCAAGGGAGGCAUUUCUCAAUUACAGGGAUCUUGAUAUUGGCCAGCGUAGCGAUUUUAGUAAGAAGAAGGAUUUGAAAGAGGGUCGAAUUUAUGGGAUCAAGUAUUUCAAGGGUAAUUUUCAGAGACUUACGAAGGUAAAAGCCGUAGUUGACCCUGAUAAUUUCUUUGUAAAUGAACAAAGCAUUCCUCCUAGUUUAUAUUAGAAGAUGGGUAUGUAACAAGUCCAUUAAAAUGCCAUUCAUUUUGUCAUUUAAUCUUAUUUAAUGGCAAUUGCAACCCCCCUAUAUUCCUUAGCCUAUAUAUAGGCUUACAAAUUUGUAUGUUUGUAUGUGGAAGAAUAUUUGGUGAAAUAAGAAACUCUCUCCUUUUCA